CAUGCAAAGCAUGCAAAUUAUGAAAAUCUGGAUGACCAUAUUUGGUCAGAUAAUAAUAUUGAUGAAAGGGCUUCUGAUUAUUUUGCUGUUUUAUUGACAGCAGGUAAAAAUAUAAAUGUUUGGAAACCUUCGGGCAGAACAAUAUAUGUUGGGGGUUCUAAAAGAACUCAAAAACGCAAAAAAGCGGAACUAAAGAAGGCUGCACAAAACACUCGACCUAUUACUGCGUACUUAGCUCCUGUUUUAACAUCUUCUAACGUUGCCUUGGCUUCGACUUCUACCUUUGGAUUGUCAACAGAACUAUGUGCGCCAACUGAAGUAGGAAGUGAAUUAAUGGAAGUAGAAUCAAUUGAGGUAGAAUUGGUGGAAUCAAUGGAGGCGGAAUUGGUGGAAUCAAUAGAGGCAGAAUUGGUGGAAUCAGUGGAGACGGAAUUGGUAGAAUUAAUGGAGACAGAAUUGGUGGAAUUAAUGGAGGCGGAAUUGGUGGAAUCAAUAGAGAUGGAAUUGGUGGAAUCAAUGAAGAUGGAAUUGCUAGAACCAACAGCAGAUGCAUCAGCUGAAAUUGAUGAGAAAACAAAAAUGAGGUUAGCAAUUGAGGAGCUAGAUAGGUUGUUAAAAACAAAUGACAAUCAAAUAGAUAAAGGUGUAAGAGUUCGUUUGCAAGCAUCAUUGCAAUAUUUACGAUUAAGGUACUAUCACGAUCAGACUAAAAUAAGAGCAAGCACAAUGAUUGCUAGUUCAUUAGGAUGGGGAGAUUAUAAAGCACGAUGUAUUGGUGCAUGGGCACAAAAUUGGUUAAAGUGGCGAAAACUUCCUAAAGAUAAUCGUGGCAAAUUUACAAAAGUAUCAAGCCUUCUUGAUGAUGAAAGAAUAUCUAUGAAGGAAUUAGAUCCUGUUUUUCUUGAAUAUGAUGACCAGGAUCUUACUAAACUAGUAGAAAAGAACAUUCACCCUGAAAAAAAGAAACAUUGUGUAAUAACACAUGAUGAGACCAUGUUAGCUGCAAAUGACGAUGAGAAAACAGGAUGGGGCCCCAAAGGUCGAGUUCAUUUAACUGAAGAACAGCAUGCAGCUCACCCCGAAAUUUCAAAAUGUUACGUUACAGAGUUAUUAGAAAUUGAAGCAAAUUAUGAAGGUUAUUGGAAUGUUCAAUUGCUAGCUAAGCAACUUGAAUGGGCAAUUGACAUUUUGGAAAUUGCACUUCCAGAUACGAUAUUGGUUUUUGGGUUUGAUAACAGUUCUAGCCAUGGAGCCUUCACUGAAGAUGUAUUAAUAGUAAACCGAAUGAACGUUGGUUAUAGUGGUAAACAACCCAAAAUGCAUCUUGGUCGAUUUUCUGAUGGCACGUUUCAAGAAAUGGAAAAAAUUGGCUAG